AGCCCACGUGCAAGGGAAUGAAUCGAAAUUCCAAAAUAACAAAACAAAACUAUGGCAAUACAAUACAGAACGCAACGCAACGGAGGCGAUGCUUAAUUAGUGUGAAGCAAUAAAACAAUCUCAUAUGCCAGUAGUUAGUGACAGCCAGGCCAGCAACUUCCCUUAUUCAGACUCUCUGCUUUUUUAUAGUUUUUGUAUCACCCACCCAUCCCAGAUACAGACAUUAUCAAUCUAAUAAUCCCUUUCCGAUACUAAUAGCAGAUUUAAACGCAUAACGCAUUCCUCUGCUAUUACAUCAACCGAUUUUAUUUUUAAUUUUAUAUUAUAUUAUAAAUUUAAAUAAUUAUUAAAAUAUAUGAUUCAUGAUUCGUGAAUUCGGAAGAUGAAAUGAAAUUAUAAUAAUACAUUUAUCAAAUUUGUGUCUCCUCCAAUUCUGUUCAAGGGGGAGAAGAAAUAUGGCAUUUCAGCGGCGGCGCCACCACUUUUACCAACGUUUCCGUCUUAUGAUUCCGAUGAUUUCUUCUGUCGCCGCCGCUCUACUAUUUCUCUUCGCUCUUCUUUCAUUUUUAGCUCCUUCUCCCAUCGAUUCCGAUCAUAUGCACCGGAGACAACAAUACACAUCGUUUAACGCUCAAGCAAAUGAUGUGAUCGGAAAACCUGUGUUCCGCGUUCCGAACGACGGAGGAAAGUUGAAUCGCGAUGUGUGGAGUUCUAGAAAUUCGGAGCACUUUUACGGCUGCAGUAAUUGCAGUAGCAAGUUUCCAAAAGCUCAAGUGAUUACUAGACAAAAUCGGUAUUUGUUGAUUGCAACUAGUGGAGGCUUGAAUCAACAAAGAACUGGGAUCACAGAUGCUGUUGUUGCUGCGCGAAUUUUGAAUGCUACUCUGGUUGUUCCAAAACUGGAUCAACGCUCUUACUGGAAAGAUUCUAGUAACUUCUCAGAGAUCUUUGAUGUUGAUUGGUUUACCUCGUAUCUGUCAAAUGAUGUCAAAAUUAUCAAGCAACUCCCAAGUCAGAAGGGUAGGAAAUCGUUGUCUCCAUACAGCAUGCGUGUUCCAAGGAAAUGUAGUGAAAGAUGUUAUAUAAAUCGUAUAUUACCUGUCCUCGUGAAAAAGCGUGCUGUUCAGCUCAACAAGUUUGACUACAGGCUAGCAAACAGAUUGGAUACAGAGUAUCAGAAGUUGAGAUGUAGAGUUAAUUACCAUGCUCUAAGAUUUACUCCUCCAAUACAAGAAAUGGGCAAGAAAUUGGUCCAGUGGAUGAGGAUGAGAAGGAAGCAUUACAUUGCACUGCAUUUGAGAUUUGAACCUGAUAUGCUUGCAUUUUCUGGAUGUGACUAUGGUGGAGGAGAGAAGGAGCAAAAGGAACUGGGCGCAAUAAGGAGGAGAUGGAAGACACUACAUAGAAGCAAUCCUGAUAGGGCCAGGAGGCAGGGAAAAUGCCCGUUAACCCCAGAAGAAGUUGGCCUAAUGCUAAGAGCGUUGGGGUAUGGUUCUGAUGUUCAUAUUUAUGUUGCAUCUGGGGAAGUAUAUGGAGGGGAAGAAACAUUGGCACCUCUCAAAGCAUUAUUUCCUAAUUUCCAUUCAAAAGAAACCAUUGCUUCCAAGGAAGAAUUGGAACCAUUUUCUUCGUUUUCUUCUCGCAUGGCUGCACUUGAUUUUAUUGUUUGCGAUGAAAGCGAUGUAUUUGUCACCAAUAACAAUGGUAACAUGGCUAAAAUAUUAGCUGGACGAAGGAGAUACUUUGGGCACAAACCGACCAUUCGUCCAAAUGCUAAAAAACUCUACAGAGUGUUUAUGAAUAGAAGUAAUUUGACUUGGGAUGUUUUUGCUUCUAGUGUUCGUACUUUCCAGAAAGGCUUCAUGGGAGAACCAAAGGAGGUUAGACCUGGUAGAGGCGGGUUUCAUGAGAAUCCAUCUACAUGCAUAUGUGAAGAUUCAGUGGCCAAAGCAGACAAAAAUUUUGGAUCUAGAAAAGUUUGGAAGGAUAAUGCAACCAAGAAAAUUGUAGCAAAUGAUGAGGUGGAUGUCGAUGAUAAUGAUAAUGAUGAUGAUAAUGAUAAUGAUGAUGAUCAGAAUGAUCUUACCGAUAAGGAUAUGUUUAAUGAAACAAUGUCAGACUAUGAAACUCUGAACUUUGAGGAUCCAGAGUUGGAGGAAAUUAUAUCAGAUUAGUGAAGCUGCAGUAUUCAGUGUUGACUCUUUCACCACAACCCCCUUAAGCAGCUGCUGCUGGAUUCGAAAGUUGCUAAUAAAGCCCAGAUACCGGAAACAGUAAAAAGCACGUAUUUCUCAAUACUGGCUGAGUUGAACUUAAAGUGGCUAUAGUAUGAAAACAUCUUGCAAAUUUUAUCAUAGGAACAUUUUGUGCAUUUCUAAGAGCAUAACGAUCUCAGUUUGAUGCUGAAUUUUGUGGGUGUUUGGACUUGUAAUAGAAUCUGGAAAGAAAUGAUCAGAAGUGAGCAAUUAGUGGAAUGGGAGGACAGCCAUUCAACAUCUAGUGGCAUAGAUACAAAAUUAAGUUUGCUAGGAAGUAGGAAAAUCUGUAUAUUUUCGUUCAGGAAAAUCGUUACAGUUAGACAUACACUUCCCUUCAUAUUUAUCUUUGACAUUGAUGCUGUCAACUUACUUAUAUAGAAGCAACAGGAUGACAAAUUAAGUAUUUGCUCGUGAAGUGAACAUCGCAAUAGUGGUCUGAUGACCUGGUAGGUAAUAGUAUAAUCAGUCGUUUUUAAAAACACUGAUAAUUUGUUCUAUACAUUUAAAAAGUAGAUUGUACUAUCUCAAAUUGUGUGCA